AUGUUGGUUGGCUGGCUGGCUGGUUGGUUGGUUGCUUGGUUGGUCCUGGUUCAGUGUGAUCCUGCCAAGACCAAUCGACCACAGCUUCACCCGGGACAGCCUUUGGCUCAGCCGCACCAGUCGAGCCCUUUGCGCAGCAGUGCCGUGGCGCCCAAUGGGAAAGCCACCGCCGCCUGGUGCAACUUGGCCGCGGCUCGUGAGGAUGCCCGCGGAAAUAUCACAGUGAAAGCCUUGGAAGUGAUCAGCGACGAUAUGGCGGUCGAGGCCGAGAUGGGAGUGGAUUUUAGCAGGGCCGUCAAAGUGGGCGCAUCAGGAGGCGAAGCCAAAAAAGUGGAAGAAUUGUGUUCGGUUUCAUGUGGCACUGGGGAAAAGAAGAGUGCAGUUUUCUUGAGAAAGUCGGAACCAGCGAGGAAUAUGAGAUGUUUUGUCAAGUGUGCAUGGGAAAAGCCUGCUUCCAUUGGCUAA